AUGUCGGGCUUCGACACCAAUCCGUUCGCCGACCCGGUGGACAUCAAUCCUUUCCAGGACCCCUCGGUGACCCAGCUCACAAACACCAGCCAAAGUGGCUUGGAUGAGUUCAACCCCUUCUCUGAGAGCUCCCAGCUGACAAAUGCAGCGAGGACGACGCCAGCCACGCAGCCCUCCGGCCACUCCCAGCCUGCUGUCCUGCAGACCUCCGUGGAGCCCACUCCCCAGGCCGUGGCUGCAGCAGCACAAGCUGGGCUCCUGCAGCAGCAGGAAGAGUUAGAGAGGAAGGCAGCAGAGCUGGAGAAGAAGGAAAGGGAACUGCAGAGCCAUGCAGCCAGCAUUAACCCGAGGCAAAACAAUUGGCCACCUCUGCCCAAGAAGUGUCCCAUCAAGCCCUGUUUCUAUCAGGAUUUCUCUGCAGACAUCCCAGCUGACUACCAGAGGACAUGCAAGAUGCUCUAUUACUUGUGGAUGUUGCAUUCCAUCACCCUGCUCCUAAACCUGCUUGCUUGCCUGGCUUGGUUCACAGCCAGCAAGGAGAGAGGAGUGGACUUCGGUCUCUCGAUCCUGUGGUUGAUUUUGUUCACCCCCUGUGCCUUCCUCUGUUGGUACCGACCAAUUUACAAGGCUUUCAGGUCUGACAGCUCCUUCAGCUUCUUCGUCUUCUUUUUCAUCUUCUUCUGCCAAAUAGCAAUCUACAUCAUCCAGGCUGUUGGCAUUCCUGGCUGGGGAGACAGCGGGUGGAUCGCGGCGCUCUCCAUGGUGGGGGACAACCUGGCGGUGGCCAUCAUCAUGAUGGUGGUGGCAGGCUUCUUCACGCUCUGCGCCGUCCUCUCCCUCUUCCUCCUCAAGCAGGUGCAUUCCCUGUACCGGCGCACGGGAGCCAGUUUCCAGAGGGCCCAGGAAGAAUUUUCCCAAGGCAUCCUCACCAACAGGAGCUUCCAGAGCGCCGCCGCCGGGGCCGCCUCAGCCGCCGCACAGAACGCGUUCCGGGGCAACUAG